GAAAUUAUAGGUCUAAUUCUAGUUGGGAAAUAAUAAUUUUGAACUAAUUGCGAAUAAUAUUUGCAUUUGCAUUUAUUUUACUCAUUGGUGGUGGUGAUGGGGGGGGGGGGGGGGGUCUUAAAAUGAUUUAAAUGUAGUUAUAUUCACAUAAUCUUAAUUGAAAAAGCUAAAAAAUAAUAUUAAUAAAAAAUGUACAACAUUAACCUCAUUUUAAUUUUAGUUUAUUUUCUUUUUUUACAACUGAUGUAGUCUAUUAGAGCUUACAUCAGCUUACAUAAGAUCAAAUAUUGUCUUGGACAAAGGUGUCUUUAGAGUCAAAAAGGAUGAGAAACACUGCAGUAGAACUUAUAAUAAAAACAAUUUCCUGCAAUUCAUUUUCCUCUUACAUAAAUUUGUGCUUCUAACUGCUAUUGCUGUAUCAUAUAAGCCUACAAACAUCUCCACACUGUUGCCAAGUUUAUAGCAAUUCAGAUUCAUUAUGAUUUCAGGAUUUAUUUUUUUUUUUAAUUUAAAAAGUCUUUAAUGUCAAAAAGAGAUUUAGUUUCGUUUUACUUGUAUGUCUGUACAGGGCAUUAUCUCUAGAGGACUCUACAGCUUCAAAAGACCAACUCUCAAUAGAAACCACAGUGACUGUAAUGCUUUAUCCACAAUUGCAAGGUCAGCCUCUCUGAAACAGCAUUUGUCAUGUUGUUCAUGAAUAUAAUGAUGAGACAUUUUUUGAUGAAUUACUUUUUACAUCAUAAAUGUUUUAAUAGGUUAAUCUGUUAUUAAACUGCUUAUUAGUAGUAGAAUUUGGACUGACCUACAUUUGCUACAGAGGCCACCAGGUUCAGCAGGCAUAAUUAUUAAAUAAUUAUUAUAUUAUUUUUUAAAAAGAUGGAUACCAUUUGACUCCAGUUAGCAUUUCAGAUUAUUCCCAGGAUUCUAAUAAUACAUCCCAUUUUCAGGUGCAAACAUCAGCCAAUUAGAUAUAUUAUUAAAAUAUUUCAUAAACCUGUUUAUAAAAAAGUUUUGAGCCCUGGGUCUUCUGUCACCAGCCAGUCCAGAUUUUACCUGGGCUUAUAGGGAAUGUAAAAUAUAUUCCCUGUCAUCUGUCAGACCAUACAUAUCCUACAUUCCAAAUACAAUCUGAGACACACAGCCUUGUUUUUUUUUGUCCACCUCUUGCUCUGUAACUUCUAUUUGUUCUCUAUUUAGCGCUAAAAAGAGAGAAACAAAAAUAGAAAGACAAAAAAAAGAAUAUGUUUCAGUUAUUUUCCUUCAAAGGGAAGAAUGCAUCCGCUCAACUUACUGUCCUGUGAACUCUGCCAUUGGUCCUGACAGCUGUCACUCACUAGAGAGGCUCUGAGAAACAAGGCAGGUGGUACACUCUUCAAAAUUCUCCCUAGGGAUUGUGUUCCCUGCCAAAAUUAACCCCAACACACACACACACACACAUACAUGUACACAUAUAUACAGUGUAUUUGUAUGGGUCAGUCUUCUUUUACUGUUUGAGCCAGUGCUGGAAUACAGAAGAAAGUGUGUGUAUGACAGAAGACGUGCAACACUGCGUAUAGACUUGUAGACUUAUGUCUAUUGUAUGUGAGGGGAUCAUUCUAGCUCUGGACAUUUAAGUAAGGUGAGUUUCAUGCUAUAAAACUAAACAACUUUCACACAUUUAUAUGUACUGUAUAACUUAUAUAUACUGUACACACACACUGACAGCAGAGGAACAGAAUGAAAAAUCAAUUUACUAUCCUUUCAGAUUCAGAUUUUAUUCACCUCUUAACAGUUUUUGAUUCCUUUCAUGUAACAGCAUGAAACAGGCUUUUUCUCUGUAUGUAAAGAUAAUGGCUUAAUAAUGGUACAAAUGAUUGUCAGACUCUUCAGGUUUUGGUAAGCAAAAGGGGUCCUAUAUUUAGUAUUAUGACUAAUGUUAUUAAUUCAUACAUGACUGUGUGUGUAUAUAUUUGUGAAUGACUAAUCACAGUAUGUCUGAGUAAAUAUCUUUGGAAGGAUGUGUAUAUUGGUUUUGAUAUACUUUAUGUUUAGUGUGUGUAGUAUAAAAAUUUAUUUUUCUUUAAGACUGUUCAUAACUUUUUUAAGUCAGUUACUAGACUGACUGCCACUUUACUAACUGCUAGUGGGUCAAACUAGACUUAAGACACUGUCUUAACAUAAUGGCUGUGUUUGUGCAACUGGCCCCUAAUGUUGAAUGAAUUGUGUGUGUAUGUCAAUGUCAACUUAUUAGGAAAUGGGACCCUUCACAAGGUCAUUUUUGGGGGUCCAUAGCAUUAAAAAGUUUGGAAACCCCUGAGUUGAGACACUUUAAUGUUUAGUUAAACAGAAAGCAAUACAGGAAGGAUGAAGUGUGUUAGAAGAUCUCUGUGUGUGUGUGAGAGUGUGUGAGUGUAUAGGGGUCGAGCAUGUCCACCUGUUUCAGGUCAUGCUCAAGCAUGAAGACAUGCCAAUCAAACCUCAGGGCCAUAUGACAAUAGAGCCUAUAUGACAAAGAACCUUCAGACCACCCCUCUACUAAAUGUGUGUAUGUGUACCUAUUUAACCAAAUUGCUUAUAAAUAUGCAUGUGUGUGUAAUAUUUUGGGGACAAAUUUGUAAAAUUUUGUGUGAGCCAAGUCUGACAAAACCUUCUUGUGGAGACUCAUUUGUAAAAACAGUAUAAAAAUAAAGUAAAUAAAGUUUUUUUCUUUUUUUUAAUGGUAAAAAUGCAGAAAGUUUUCUGUUAGGGUUAGGUUAUUAGAUGCAAAAACAAUAGAAGUCUAUGGAAUUCCCUAUAGAUAUGUUAAUGUGUGUGUGAGUGUGUGUUUGUGUGUGUACUUGUUUUGACUAUACUUGUGAGGACCAAAUGUCCUUACUUAUAUUGUGAAAUACUUUCACAACCAACUAAUUAGGAUAUUUGACUGGUCCUCACUAGUUAAAAACUUCUUUUGGUUAUAAAUCAACCAAAACAAGUUUUUAUUUAAAUCUAGUGUUUUGCACGUUUCUGUGAUGGGUAUGUUUAGGAGUAGGGGUUGGGUUAGGUGAUAGAAAAUAUCAUUGACCUGAUAUAAAAUCAAUGGAAGUCUAUGCAAUGUCCUCACUAAGAUAGCAAAACAAACCUGUGUGUGUGUGUGUGUGUGUGUGUGUGUGUAUGCAUGUGUGUGUUCGUGUUAAUACAUGCUGGAUCUGUUUUAGACCUAAAUUCAUAAUGUUAAAAUAUGUCAGAGUAUUUUUGUAGAGAUGUAUAUUGAAUUGUGCAUGCACAUUUCCUUUUUUCAUUUAGAUGACCUUUUCCAUCACCUAACGCUCAUUUAAAGUUAAUCUUUAAUGACAAUAAUAAUUUAAUAAAGGACAGAAUUAUUAAUCAAAAUUAUCAUUCAAACAAAAUACAAUAGAAUCUAUUUUUAUUGAUUAUUGGCCAUAAUAACCGAUUAUUGGCUUAUCUGUAUGAGCCAGAAUUUUAAUUGCUAUUGAUGCAUCCAAAUAUAUUUGUGUGUAUUUGCAGGUGGGCACGCAACAAUAAUGGGAGACUGGAACAGUCUUGGGAAGCUUUUGGAAAGCGCCCAGGAACACUCCACAGUAGUGGGCAAAGUCUGGCUCACCGUACUCUUCAUCUUCCGUAUCUUGGUGCUCGGUGCUGCCGCAGAGAAGGUUUGGGGCGAUGAGCAGUCCGGUUUCACCUGUGACACCAAACAACCUGGUUGUCAGAAUGUAUGUUAUGAUAUAACCUUCCCGAUCUCUCACAUCCGAUUCUGGGUGCUCCAGAUCAUCUUCGUCUCCACUCCGACACUGAUCUACCUGGGCCACAUCCUGCACCUGCUGCGCAUGGAGCAGAAACAAAAACGCAAUGAGGCGAGCGGGGCAGACAAACAGGCACUUUUGAGCUCCAAAGCUGGAAAAGGUCCUAUACGUGAUGAACAGGGGAAGAUCCGUCUGCAGGGAGUCUUGCUACGCACGUAUGUCUUCAACAUCAUCUUCAAAACACUGUUUGAGGUGGGCUUCAUUGUGGCACAGUACUUCCUGUAUGGAUUUGAGCUGAAGCCACUGUACACCUGCAACAGGUGGCCCUGCCCUAACACUGUCAACUGCUACAUCUCACGACCUACGGAGAAAACCAUCUUCAUCGUGUUCAUGCUGGCCGUGGCCUGUGUCUCUCUGCUGCUCAACCUGGUGGAGAUGUAUCACCUGGGUUUCACCAAGUGCCGACAGGGUCUCCGUUACCGCCGCUCUCAUUCUGUAUGCGACAGUGAAUCUAAAGCACCCAGUGAAGACGCGGUGGUUCCGUUUGUGCCAAACUACCCGUAUUUUCCACCUCACGCUCCUCCUCCGGCUCCCUUUCCCGCCGAGCCGCACUUCAACCUCUCAGAACCCGAUGGAACCUUCCCGCAGCAUGGCAGCCGCUCUGUUUACAAGCAAAACCGCGAAAACAUGGCUGUAGAGCGCAGCGGCAAAUCUGACGCCGCGGAUGUCAGGAUGAAUAAAGCGGCGAAUUCUGUACCCGGAUCGCCCACGAGCCAGCAGCGCAGGCCUAGCCAUUCAAGUCGUUACAGCAACAACAAGACCAGGAUGGAUGACCUCAAAAUCUAACCAGAAGGAAACGAGACUCCAUCACUGAUUCCGGGCUCUCCCGUUCUGAACGCACGAAGUCCCCUCUCUCGCUCACUGGCACUGAGCGUGAUGAGAUUCAUUUACAAAAGUGUCAUUUAGAGUGACAUCAGAAUCAGGGAGUCUGAAUGUAAAUUGAUGUGAUGCUUUACUUGAAUUCAUUUUGUGGGAACACUGCAAUCAUCAAUUGAACAGAUUUAUGAUUGAAUCAUGGACUGAAUCAUAUGGAGUCACAUUUCUGCCACAUAAGAAAAAUAAGAAAAAUUAGAAUUGGCAAGUCAUAAUUAUGAGAUAAAAAGUUGAAAUUAUGACAUACUAAGUCAUAAUUAUGACAUUAAAGAUGAAAUUAUGGUCAAAUUCCAAACUGUGUUUUUGCGCACUUUAGGAAGGCAAUGCAUUUGCAGGGGCCUUCCAAAUGAAAGUGAAAACCUGAAACCCUUCACAAGGGGCCCUUCCACAAGUUCAUUAGUGAAGUUUUUUAAAAAAAACGUCAUUAUAAUGUAUAUUUAUUUGCAAUAAUUAUAUUAAAAGCUGUAAUAAGAAAUUUAUUUUGUAAGAAUGGGCUGCUAGACACCGCUAGACACUGUCAUGAUAAUAUUUCAGGUGAAUAUAAUGAGGAAUUUCUUUCAUUGCUCCCUCUGCCAAGUGCAUUCCAAAUGGCUACAUUAUGACACACAAGUGUCCAAAGUCCCCACAUCAAGGGCUCUUGAGUGAGUAGGGGAUAGGGAUGCUCACUUCCGAUUUUAAUUCACUCUAUGAAAUAAAAGUUAUAAUUAUUACAUAAAAGUCAUAAUUCUAACAAUAAUAUGUUGAAAUUAUGACAAGUCUUUCACAUAAGUCGAAUUUUUAUCAUAAUUAUGAACUUUUGUCAAAAAUAUAACUUUUUAAUGUCAUAAUUUUGACUGUUUAUAUCAUACUUAUAACGUUUUAUCUUUGUUAUAAUUAUGAUUUACCAAAGCAUGAUUUUUUUCUUAUGUGGCAGAAAUGGUCUUCCAUGUUACUUACAGUUAACAGCAAUACAAUUCUUAAGAGACUUAUGGGUAAGAUGUGAAUGUCUGACUUUUUUUUUUUCUUCCUUUCCUUUGAUUUAUUAUGAUUUAUUUAUGAUUUAUUUAUAGUCUUUGAGUGGAGACACUAAUCACAUUUUACAAGGCAAUAGCUUAAAACAGUUGCAUCAUCCAGACUUCAGUUAUAAUUUUUUUUUACCAGGUGUUUACAGUGUCAUCAAUGUGUCUAUGGCCUGUUUAAAUCUUUUUUAGCCAGAGAACCUGCACUGUAUGAAUGUAGUGUCCACACAUUCUCAGCAUGUAAACAUGAUGGAUA